AUGAAUACAAAUUAUUUUAUUGAACUUCAACAUAAAUUUGAAACAUUUCAACGACCUUUUGGUUUUAAUUAUAUACAUUUUUUACUUAUACAUCUAUACAAUUCAUCAUCAUCGGCUACUACAAUUAUAAAAACCUAUCCAUUAUAUACAGUUUUUACACGUCUUCAACGUAGACUUAAUUUAUAUGAACAAGAACAAAAUAAUUAUCAAUCAAUAAUUGAUGCAAUUAUUUUUAUUUUAUCAAAAAAUAAUGUUUGUCUUACUGAAACAGUUGAACAAACAAAGUUGAAUAUGAAUAUAUAUCCAAUAUCAUGUCUAUUUCGAUUAUAUUCACCAAUGCAUCUUAUUUUAUUUAUGGAACCAUUAAUUUUAUUAAAUGAUGAACGAUUAAAUAAUAUAAUAAAACAAAUAUUUAUUAAUGAAUAUAUAAAAGACAAAUGUGAUUAUAUUCAUUUUUGUAUUGCUCAUAGAAAAAUCAAAUUACUUAUAAAUUUAUUAUCUGGAAAUAUUCAACCAAAUGAAAAUGAUGAUAAUUGGUUAAUUACAAAGAUUAAUGCACCAAGUGAUAGAUCAUGGUUACCUAUUCAUUAUGCAUCAUAUGUUGGUGAUCAUGAUUUAGUUGAAAAAUUAUGUACACAAUAUUCUCAAUUGAUGGAUCCUUUUCAUUUUAUUUUACCAAAAUCACGAAUGCGUGAUUUUUCUGAUAAUCCAUUUGAUUAUCUAUUACGUGCUAGUGGAAUGAAAUCAACUGCUUCAAAUUUAGGCAAUACUGUACUUAAUCUUCAUGAAGAUAUUGAUGAUGAUUCUCCAAUUUUACCUAUGAUGAAUAAUGAUGAAGAUGAUGAUGAAUUUCUUUUAUCAUCUCGAGUUACAGUUCAACAAAAGGAUAGUUUUACAGAUGAAGAAACUAUACAAGUUGAAGAUACAGAUAUUCCAGAUGCUGAUCAACUUGAAUCCUCAAUGCAAUUUUCACGUGAUAUACUUCUUCGUUCAUUAAUUAAACAUGAAAAAGGUAUAGUUUAUUUAAUUCCAUCACCAUUAUUACUUGCAUCAGCAUGUCCACUUAAUGAUGAUCAAUAUAAAGAAUCUUAUUAUAAAAUAAUAAAAUAUCUUCUAAAUUCUAAAUUAAUUGAUAUUGAUGGUUUAAAUCAUAAUUCUUUAACAAAAAAUACAAUUGAUUAUUUUUCUCGUCAUCAAUAUGCAAAUUUUAUUCGUACAACAUCAAUACCAUAUAUUUAUUAUCAAUGUGAUGCAUUAUUUACUUCAACAUUACCAAUGCAUAAAAGUCAUAUUAGUCAAAUAAAUGAUGAUGAUGAUGAUGAUGAACAACAACCAAUAUCAAAAUUAAUCUAUUUUAUAACUAUACUUAAUCAACAUUCAUUAUUUUUACAUUAUGAAAAUUUUGAUCAAUAUCUUCUUCAACAUUUACUUGAUUUACAUUCAUAUCAUAUUGAAAAAGCAUUUGGAUAUAAAAUUAUAUUUAAUCAAUAUAUAAAAGGUAUUAUUAUUGAAUAUGAACAAAUUAAUGAAUUAACAUAUCAUAUUCUUAUACGUUAUAAUAUAUAUAAUGAAAAUGAUUUAAUUCAAAUUGAUAUAAAUUUUUUUUUUAUGAAUUCUUAUAUUGAUCAAUUUGCUGAUACAUAUAUAUCAAUUUUUCAUACACCUAUUACAAUGGCAAUUCAAAAUAAUUGUAUAUCAAUUGUUGAUAUAUUACUUUCAAAUAUAUCUUUUAGUAAAAAUACAUAUUGGGGUACAUUAGCAAUGUAUGAAUUAGAAAUAUGUAUUGAUCAAUUAUUUACACGACGUGGAAAAAUUAAUUUUGAUUUAUUUACAAAAUUUUGUUCAUCAUUUGGAAAUAUUCAUUCCGAUGAAUAUAUUAUUCAACAAAGAAUAUUUGUUCAUACAUUAGUAACAUGUAUUAAAUAUAAUGAUAGAACAGAAUUAGAACAUCUUAUUAAUGAUUAUACUAAAAUUUAUUAUGAUAGUUGUGAAAAAUAUCCAACAGAUAUUCGACAUAAUAUAUUAGCUUAUUGUAUUGUUCGUAAUCAAGCAUUAAUUCUCGAAGCAUUAAUGUCUGCUUUUUCAUCUUUAAAUUCGAAUAGUUCUCAACUUUAUAUGUUACCAGUAUCAAAUUUAUCAUCAUCAUCAUCAAAAGCAUCUCUUUCAACAAUACUUAAUAAUUAUCAAAAUAAUAAAGAUAAAUUAAUUAGUAUUUCAACAUCAAUUAAUUCUAUAUAUUCAUGUUCAGGUACUGAAUAUCGUCAAUGUCGUCGUAUUCGAAAUAUUGCUAUAGCAAAUCAACAAAAACAAAAUCCAAAUCAAUGUUUAUCUAAUCAAGAUACUAGUAGUUCAAAUUCUCGAACAACAAGUCAAAGAUCACGUCCACGUUUAUCACGUUUUUGGCGUGCAAUUCGUUUAUUUCAAUUAGGUCUUCGUCAUCGUCAUCAAACAAGUCAAUAUGUUCAACAAAUAAAUAAUUCUGAUCAAGAUGAUCGUCGAACAACUACAGGUGUAUCACUUGGUACAAUCGAAGAAAAUGAAAAUAUAUUUCAUCGUGCUGAUCUUGAAAUUGCUGAACCUGUUUAUAAUGAAUUAUCAACAACAAUACCUAUAGUACCUCAACCUGUUUUUAUUUCUUUUUCUAAUAAUGAUCAAAAUGAUGAUGAAUAUGAUAUACCACCAGUUAAUGGUCAAACUUUAUUACAUAUCGCAGCAAAACUACCUGGUCAUGAAGAUGUUGUUCGUGUAUUAAUUGGUGAAAAUAGUACAAUGACUUCAAUAGUUAAUUCAAAUGGACAAAUUCCUUUACUUUGUGCUAUUCAAGCAAGUAGUACAUUCACAGCUCAAUUAUUAAUGGAGGCAGAUCCUCAGUCAUUAAUAACAGUUGAUAAUAAAAAAUCAAGUAUUUUUCAUUAUUGUUGUGAAAAUAAAAAUGAUGUUCUUCUUGCAAAUAUAUUAAAUCUUUUACGACAUUUAAAUUCACAUCAAUCUAUUCGAGUUCAAGUAUUACAAAAAUUAACUGAACCAAAUAUAGAUGGACAAACACCAUUUUCUAUUGCAUGUAAUAAUGGUAGUAUAAAAUGUUUAAAACAAUUAUUUAAUUCAAAAUGGUUAUUACGACAUAUUCAAUUAUCAAAUUUAAUAACAUCAGAUGGAAUUAAAAAAUGUAUUGAACAUGAUCAAAUAGAUAUAAUUAAUUAUCUUGUUAGUGAUCUACGUCGAUUUCGUAUUAUUAUAUCAAUAUUAAUUGAUGUUAUUUUUACUGAACCAGUAUAUCCAUCAACAGAUAUGGUUGUUGCAAAACGACAAUAUAAUGUUCUUGAAUAUGCUAUUUUAUUAAAUAAAACAGAUUUUGUUAAAGUAUUUGUGAGUGUUACUGUACCGAAACAAAUAGAAAAAAAACCAAAUGUUGAUGAAAAUUUAGCUGUUGUUAGAAAUAGUAAUAAUAUUGUUACACACGAACCUGUAUUACAUGAGGAAUAUAAACAAUUUUUAACACGAUAUUCACUUCCAUUUACACAUGAUCGGUUCAAUCAAAUGCCGAUUCAACGUAUGUUGAAAAUUCCAUCAUUAGUUCCAUUUGUACCAAAUUUACUUGAACAAUUUCUUGAUGAUGAUGGUAUAGAUUUAUCAGUUAUCGAUGAUUGUCUUUGUUCAAAACCAAUAUCAUCACAAUGUAUAUUUGGUCAAUAUGGUUCUAUCUAUAAUACAAAUAAUAAUAUAAAUAAAAAAUAUAAAUUUAGAAAAACUAAUUGGGUAAAAGAACAUCCUCUUAAUUUAAUAUCUGAAUGUGAUUAUGCACCUUUAUAUGAUCAUCCACUUGUUAUUACAACUGUAGAUAGUAAAGCAAAUUUAUUUGGUAAUAUUCUUUCUUUAUUUAUUAUUUUAUUUCAAACACUUUAUGUUGCUUUAUAUACUGGAGUAACUAUUAUUACACGAACACCAAGAUAUUAUGGUUAUUCUUAUAUUGAUUUUGAAAAUGAUACAUGUAUUUAUAUGUGUAGUGUAGUAACAAAUACAACAUAUCAUUUUGAUUAUACAAAUCAUGGAACAUUUGUUUUAUUUAUGUUUCGUUUAAUAUUAUUUCUAUAUUCAUGUAUUGCUUUAUUAAAAGAAUUUAUACAAGUUUUAACACAACGUCGAAGAUAUUUUCAAGCAUUUUUUCUUAAUCUUUUAGAAAUUUUAACUUAUUCAUGUGGAGUUAUAUUUACUAUAGAUACAAAUACUUGUUCGAAAUAUUCUAGUAUUCGUUGUAAAUAUCAAUAUGAUUUUGGUGCAUUAGGUGUUGCAUGUGU